AUGGAGCUCGCGGCAGAAGUUCCGGCUAUGUCGACCGGCGCCGCGGCGGCGAGCACGCUGGUAGCGCUCGCCCUCGCCACCUUUUACUUCGUCUACGCUGCCUGGCUCUCGCCGGCGGCGACGCGGAGGCGCCUCGAAAAGGCCGGCUUCGACGGCCCAGCCCCGUCCUUCCCGCUCGGCAACCUCCGCGAGAUCGCGUCCACGCUCGCCGCGAACAGCAGCAGCACCACGUCAUCGGCGCCGGCGGCGUCGGGCGUCGUGAGCAGCGACAUCCACGGCGCCGUGUUCCCGUACUUCUCGCGGUGGCGGGCCGCCUUCGGCAAGGUGUUCGUGUACUGGCUGGGCACGGAGCCGUUCGUGUACGUGGCCGACCCGGAGUUCCUCAAGCGCGCCACGGGGGGCGCCAUGGGCAGGCUGUGGGGCAAGCCCGACGUGUUCCGCCGCGACCGCAUGCCCAUGUUCGGCCGCGGCCUCGUCAUGGCCGAGGGCGACGAGUGGGCCCGCCACCGCCACAUCAUCGCGCCCGCCUUCUCCGCCACCAACCUCAACGACAUGAUAAGCCUCAUGGAGGAGACGACGGCGAAGAUGCUGCGGGAUUGGGAUCACGCGGUGGCGGCGGCGGGGCGGAGCGCGGCGGUGGCGGUGGACGUGGAGAGGGGCGUGGUGAGGAACGCGGCGGAGAUCAUCGCCAGGGCCAGCUUCGGCAUCGAGGAGGGAGGUGCGCGGGUAUUCGAGAAGCUGCAGGCAAUGCAAUCCAUGCUGUUCCGCUCCAACCGCCUCGUCGGCGUGCCGCUAGCGAAGCUCCUCCAGGUCCGCAAGACCUACGAGGCGUGGAAGCUCGGCCGGGAGAUCGACGCGCUGCUGCUCGACAUCAUCGACGCGCGCCGCCACGCCGGCGGCGGGGCGGAGAAGAGGAAGGACCUGCUGUCGCUGCUGCUGGCGGCCGGGAAGAAGGAUGGAGGGAAAAGGGUGAUGACGUCGAGGGAGCUGGUCGACGAGUGCAAGACCUUCUUCUUCGGCGGGCACGAGACGACGGCGCUCGCCGUGUCGUGGACGCUGCUCAUGCUCGCCGCGCACCCGGAGUGGCAGCACGCGCUCCGUGACGAGCUCCGCGAGGUCACCGGCGACGGUCCCCUCGACGCCGCCGCGCUCUCGAAGCUAACCAAGAUGGGGUGGGUCCUCAACGAGGUGCUCCGCCUCUACCCGCCGUCUCCCAACGUGCAGCGCCAGGCCCUGCACGACGUCACCCUGACCGACGCCUCCUCCGACGACGACGGCGCUCCCCCGAUGGUGAUCCCGAAGGGAACCAACAUGUGGAUCGACGUGGUGGCGAUGCACCACGACGAGGCGCUGUGGGGCUCCGACGCGAACGAGUUCCGGCCGGAGCGCUUCGCGGCGGGGGCGCACGGCGGGUGCCGGCACCGGCUGGGGUACCUGCCGUUCGGGUUCGGGGGCCGGAUCUGCGUGGGCAGGAACCUGACGGGGAUGGAGUACCGGGUGGUGCUGGCCAUGGUGCUGCGGCGGUUCGAGCUGGCAGUGGCGCCGGAGUACCGUCACGCGCCCAGGAUCAUGCUCUCGCUCCGGCCCUCCGACGGCAUCCAGCUCCUCCUCACGCCGCUGGCUGCGUCCACCAACGUAUCGAUCAAACAGUAG